CAUUAAAUAUUAUCGUUAUGUUCUACAUUACAGUGAUUAAACACCUACGUUCUUGUUGUGAUCAAUGAGAACGAAACAGCGUUGAUAAUAGGCGACGACCAGAAUCAUACCACUGAGUCGCUUAAGAAGCGAUACUCAACUGAUUCUAUAUGUUCAAAGUUUUGCCAUAGUUCCCGCGAUCUUGCUUUCCCGACAAGAUCCUCCAAGGCAUCGCUUGGCCUUGGGAUUUCCUCAUGUUUUCCUCUCAUUUCCCAAGAGCAGGAGGUCGGUAAAAAGAAUUUCCAUCACCGCUAACAACGACUCCUCACCCUUAGGUAUAUCAAAUGUCGUAAUCAAGAUAUUUUGUGGUAAUUCUAGCAAAAACUUACACUUCCCUCGUAUCGACAUUAUCCAAAUCCAUUUCUUGUAAAACAGUGGCGAAAAACGCAACGAUCCAUCUCCAAACUCAAUUUUUUUCCACAACAAAACGUUUCAUCGUGUAUCACCCAAGUUGUUCGCCACGUGGAUCCCAAAAUGUACUAAUGGGGGGCGGGGAUUAUUCAUAAACAAUGAAUGACAAAGAGAUUUCUUGCGGGAGAUAUUGAAUGACAAGGGCACAGGAGGAAAAUAUUGGAGUAACUUCAGAAUACCCGGCUAUUCACGCGUUCGUAUCGAGAGACGAACCUCAACACUUACUACGAUGUUUAAUAUAACGCAGAUAUUAGGUAAAGUAUGUCGACUGCAGUACUGCGGUCGCAAGAUUUGAUGAAUGAUUUUUCAUUGGCCGGGUAUUCUGAAGUUUAGCCCAUUACAUUAUGAACGAGAAGAACCAAUGAAGGGAUGGAGAGAUUUUGGUUAAUUACGAUACCUGUGAGGUGAGGGAUAAGUGAAAUCCAGACAGACAGUUUCAAAUGAACCAACAUUUUUUAACCGUCCGAAACGCCUUCGGAUUAGAUACGCCUUCGGAUUAGUCACGCCUUCAGCCUCGCCCCGUCACAAUUUUCGGCCAAUCGGUAAGCUCCAUUUGAACAAUAGCCUUCGCGGAGGGAAGACUUCUAGAGAAAAGUCUAUUCCCAGCAACGUGUUGUGAUUCUUGGGAAAAUUGACAAUUGGAAAACGAAGAUAGUUACAUAUACGUCGUUUUGGCUGUUUUAAACUACUGCGUUGGAGCUCCGUGAAUGUUAUACGAACUCUCAAAGUUGAUGUGGUUGGAUGAACCGCCAUGUAGUUAUAUUUCUAAAUUUCACACCUUUUUGUUUGCUCGGCGAUCGUUAUUCUGGUCACUUUGAGCUGUUUGAUAUGGAUGCGAGAAGAAUUCAACCCUUCACCUUUUAAAUUUCUGGGUUCUACCUGGGUCUAUCCCGGACAGUUUUGGCAACAGAAGCCGUCAUAGAUGAAGAGGUCGGCGACAGUCCCCUCUAUUAACUAUGGCCAAACCAAGCUGGGGUCAACUCCCGGGAAACCUGUGGAGAAACUUAAUAGAUGUCCACCAGUUGAUCUAAAAUCACGGAAGUCAUUAUUUAGUUUCAAACCCGAAAAGGUUAGGAACUAGGUUUUAAGUGAUUUUAGCAAACGCAUUGUAGUUUCUUAUCUUUCAAUUGUUCACUUGUAAGGGAAUUGAGUUAAGGAAAACCUCUGAAUUUUUACAAUGAAUUUGAGUAGUUUUAUCUAUUUAUGCAAUUAUAAGCUUCUUUUACAAAGAGUUAACAGCUUUUCUUGCUAAACUUGUAUCUGCUAUUCCUUUGCUGCAGUCAUGUAAUCAAUGACUUUAAUAAAUUGCAUUUAGAGUUGUAAGAUUUGAUGCAACCCUUUAUUCAACACAGAUCUCCUUUAAUAAAGAUUUUUAAAUUAAAACAGUUCAGUGUUUUGUACAAGAACGUGCCAUCAAAGGUAAACCUACUGGCAUUGAAAUACCAGCUGGUGCUAUAUCGUAUGUGGCAAAUACUAAUUAUUUCAUUUUAGUUUUGCUUAAAUUUGGUUUUCCUUGGUUUCAGAAUGGUGAAUCUCUUCAGCCCCCAUCCUUGUCAACAGAGGAGAGAAGAGCCUUGGUGGAAUACAUUGCUCUUUUCACUCCUUUACCUGAGAACCAGCAAUUUAGUUGGCCCGCUUUGAAAGACACUGUCUUCUGGGAAAAAUGUGCAGAGGCUGUAUCAUGUACCAGUGGAAAGCCAAAGAGAUCAGGUUAAAAAACUACUUAUUUAUGGCUUGAGAAGUGAAACUAUACUUAUUUUAAUUAAUAUAGUAUUAAAACAGCCCAAUCAUAACUAAAUGUUGGAGAAACUUACUUUUUGACUAUUUUAAUGUGGUAUUUACAGAUGAAUCAUUUCAGUGAAUUGCAAGUGUAAAUUCAUUCUCAUCCUCCCUUUAACUUUUUCUCACUCUCUCUGGCAAAUGCAUGUAGCCAUCAAGUGAACUCCUUCCUGGGGAAAAAAUAUAAGUCACUUGAUGAAGCUGAGGAUGAUCUUGGGAUGAACUCCUUUUCAGUAGGACUUGGACAGCAUACAGCUUGUGAUGCAGCACAAACAUCAACUGGGACUACCCCUUCAUCCCCUGCACCUUCUUGUGAAUUUCAGACUCCAUUAUCUCCAAUAUUCAGUCAUUCUCCUUAUCGUGAUGUCAGCAAACCUACCUGUUAUGAAGAUGUUGUUGCAAAAUUAAUUGAACUGAUGUCAACCAUGACCAGCAAAUUUUUAAGUGCUUUGAUGCAAACUUUGUUCUGGCAGUACCUGUCUGCCCUGUAUGAUGAUGAACUUAAGAAAUUUGUUCCAUCAGACUUCAUUGACCUUUGCUGCAAGGGAAUCCAUGUCUUGAACAAGAGUGGAAAGGAUAAUAUUCUGUAUUACAGUAUCUAGCCCAGGGUCUUGGAACACCUCAAGGUGAUGGAAGUGGUCCUUGCUUGCCAAUUGGCGGGAUGCCAUUUGGACUUCUAAGUUACAACAUUCAUUACUUUGUUUUACAUUCUGUAAACAAAGUCAACGCCGAUCCUGAAUACAUCCAGUGGGAGACAACUAUGUUUUCAAAUUUUGGACACAAAUUGGUUUGCUUGUAGAGAGGUCCAGGGUUUGCAUAUGGUGCUUUAGAAGAGGAAUAUGUCAAUCAGGACUUCUCUAAAGUUGAGGUGCAUGGUACCAAUACAGUCACUGAUGGCUCUUCUGACAGUAUCUUGCAACAAGCGUGGCAAGAUGUAUUUGGAGAUGAUGGCUGCACUUCACCAGACACUGCUUUUGACCCCUUUGAUGCUUCCGACCAAGAACCACUGAAUGUAAACAUAUCAAUACCUCAUGAUGGAAGAACAGAUGAUGAAAAUACAUCUACACCAAGUCAAGAUGUAAGCUUUCUCUGGGCACAGCUAAGUGGGCAUGAUAAGGAGCAAGUUGUUGCAGGUAACAACCCAACUGAAAUAGAAGAAAUGUAUGGUGUCCGCCCUCAGCCAAGACAGUCUCCAAAGAAACAUUGUGACCCCAUGAAGGCGAAAGUAAAUGUGGCUGGUCAUUCUGUGAGGACAAUUCAACAUCACAUCCAGGCUACAGCUUUCACAAGGGACACUAAUGUUCAGGUUUGUAGAGGUAACUUUUUUUUGGCUAAUUUUUUAAAAAAAUCUUUUUUUUGGAGAGAUAUCUUAUUUUCUCAAUGCCUAUAGCUACAAAAGAAAAGUGUGUAUUAUUGGAGCCACCUUUAUUAAAUUCAUAUCAUGAUUUCGAGCAUAUCAUGAUAUAGAGUGUAUUACUUCUUUAUUGAUACUACAACAGUAAUGGCCAGUAAUUACACGUACAUGUACAUUUGCGCCACUUGUAUUUCAGUUGUGUUAGAGGGUUACAAUAAUUGUGUGGUGGCUACUGUUACCCUCGAGUAUCUGUGGUGAAAAAGUUUACAUGAAACUAGCAAACUUGCAUUAAGUUGAUGGAAUUACUUGAACUUGGUGCUUGCAUUAUUUUUGUUCAAGUGUUUAAAACUUUUGGAGUUUUACUAUUAUGGUUGCCAUGACACCAGAAGCAUAUAGCCUAGAUUACAUGCUUCUGAUAACACCUAAUAUACUUUCCUUAUGAAACCAGGUGGCUGCCUAAAAGAAAAUCAGAGACUGCAACAGGAAUGGGCACUGGUGGAUCAAGGCAGAUGCCUGUGACAUGCGAACAGGGCUGAGAGAGUCUAUGAGACAUGAGUAGGCAGGGGAUUCCGACCUUGGAGAUGGCAAAUUAGAGGCCUUGUAUCAAGAAUACACUAACAGAAGAGGUUUCGUCAGUGUUUUAGGGAUAAAGGAACAGCGCCAGCAGUUAGAAGCUGAUCUGAAAUUGGUCAUUUCUGGUCUUAACGUUGAUUUGAAGGUGCUAAGGGAUGGAGAGAAGUAGGCAAAUGGAAAAUAUGCCAACAAACAAAGGCAAUCAAAUGUAUCCGAGGAUAACUUGUUUGCCCUGGCUUGGGAAUGUGAAGGUGAUAAGACCCUUCUGAACAUGAAUAAGGAGUUGAAGUCUUCCACGACAAGCUUGUAAAGGCAAAUUUCAGCAAAUACAAGGGGUGGCAAUAUUGUUGGCGAUCUAUCUAACUUGUGAAAAAGGCUUCUUCAGUAUGUCCAGUCACUGUACUCCAAGAAAAGAGAUGCAGCCUCGCACCUUAUUGUUUUCAUGAUAGCAGACGAGCAGCGAGAUAUGAAACCAUAUGCAGUUCCUGUGAGAUUCCUCCCAUACCACAGUGUUACUGAUUGCAGAUUAAGAGAACUAUGUGAUGAGCUUAGAAGCAUCAUGGUUAAUCUUGGAAUGGUUGUGGUUGGCUGUGUUACAGAUGGCGAAUUCAAUUCUCUCCGCACCACGGGCUCCAGUAGACCAAUUUCCAUUAUUCAGUUGAUUAUGGAUUCAAAAGCAGAGGGCAUGACACAUUAAUGUGAACACCAUAAGAUAGUAUUUCACACCAGUUAAAGUUCAAGGUAUUUUAACAAAAUUUACCAACAGCGAAAGGGAGCAUUAACUGAGCAUUAAUUUUAGUUGUUGGCAUACAUACGUGCGGUAUGUUCAAGAGCUACUCGGGACAGAAGUCUUUUGCAGGGGUAUAUUGGAAUGAGUUUGUGUCCAACUGACUUUUCUUGUUGAUUAUUAUUUUGAGACAUUCCAAGUGGCUGUAUUGGAUAGUGUUUUAUAUUUUUUUGAACUUUGAAUAGUGUCUUCAUUGCUCUUUUUUUCUUGUCAGGCAAUGAGAGCAACCCUGUAACUGUUCAAGCAAGGCUACCACGUGCAGCAAUUCCACAGGAGGACAUUUUUUUUGGUAUGACUACAUGAAUACUGAAGGGAAUGAUGUUCCAUUUAAUUCUGCCAUCCACAUUCUGAAAAGAAAGCCUUUUCUUUCUCAUUAUGAACCAAGCCCUUGGGUUCCAGGCAGGGAAGAUGAUACAAAGGACUGCCUUAAAUCCUUGAUGGCACUUUACUUGUUCUGCCACAAAAUUAAGCAGCUGAAGCAAGAUUGUGGUGUUGACUUCAGCAAACAUCUCUACCAACCUGAAUUGUGCAGUCUGACAGGUGAAUUCUUACAUGAAAGGGAGGAUCAUAAUCAUGUGUUCAAACGUAUCACAGAGUGCCUUCAGUCAGGAUCGAUUCAUGGGGUAAAUCUGUGUUACUUCAGAGAUGCCCUGCAUGAUCCAUUCACUGGUCUAGCCUGUGAAGCAUUGGCUGGUAAGCAGAAACAGUUGGUACAACAUUGUGAAGAGAUCUUCUCGAGAGGUGUGCUAGAAUUUAUGCAAAGAAAUGGUCAUGCUACUGAGGCAAAAUUCAUUGAAACUGUUCAAAACUGGCACAAAGCCGCAGAUGGAAGAGGCCUUUCUGAACAAACCCGAUCACAGUACAACAAGGACAUGCUGAAUUUUUUACUUCAAGACUGGAUGCCCUGGUUUCAACAAGAAAGAGACUAUGCCACUAUUAACAUACUAAGGCCCAUUAAAGGAAUACAAGGUUUUACAAGGGAAAUUGUAGUUGCUCUCGUUGCGAACUGUGAAAGUCUGGAGCUAUGAAUAGAGGAGUACCGAGAUUGAGGACUCUCCCCAGAACACCCACACGCAAGCAGCACUGAUGAUGUGGAAGGGUUCAAUGUCCUUCUACAUGACCAGCUUGGGGAUGUCUUUGACCACAAGGCAUUUCUCUCACAGCAACCCAAAACUGUCAAUGAAUUUAGUGAAAAAAAAUUGAUCCAGAGCUGCCUUUUUACUACUGGACUGGACACAGACAGUGGUACUCUGAUGAUCCACUGCCAUCAUUUAAUGAACCAUCAGGCACUACAGAAAGACUGGACAGGAUCAGACUAUCAAGACGUUCUGAUCCAGGGGUUUUUGUAGCAAACAGAGCUUCACUGCCACAGAGGCAUUUUCUAACUGUAAGGGCCCCUGAACAGUUGCCUCCACCACGUAGCUGCUAACUUACAAUGUACUUGUUCACUGUGCAGUAAGGAAUAGUCCAGUCAGUUUUACCUUUAAGAGAUGACUGACAUGGUCA